AUCUAGGUACUAGCCAUCUGCGUAAGUCGCACGGAGAGCCCUCCAUCCUCACCGUGAAACCCGCCAGGCAGCCCCUAGCCUAACCAUCACCCCUCUCCAGAGCUUAAUUCUCGGUGUAAUCAGCCUCUUCAUCAGCACCAUACUGAUACUCGUCUGGGUACUCAUGCUGAGCCUAUCCGCCUACUGCUUUCCGUGGCUGUCGUCUGCCGAGGAUGAACAGACCGAACCACCGCCUCCUGCGGAUUGGCGCAGCUCCAGACAGGGACCCAAGCACCGACAGCAACGACGCCAACAACACAACCUAGAACGACCACUGUACCACCGCUCAUCCAAAUCGGGACGAACCAGCACCAGCAAGGCACAGCCAUACUACCUGCUGCAGGACGAGCCACUGUCAUCAGACCAGACAAGCCCAACAGCAAGCAGCAGCUUAUUCAACAACGUAGGCACAAGCGAGUCCUACUCCCCUUUGCUAGCUGUGAGCGGAGACCUGGACUCGGACUCGGACCUCUCCCCGCCAAGCGUUAGGGACAAGGGGGCGGCAUUGAGGUCGAGGAGGAGGAGGAGGUGGGUCAGGAGGGCAAUGGCUCAGCCGUCGCAGUCCGCCGCUGCCACCGAGGGCUUGCGCCGGCGAAGGACGAGGACAGCGCUUGGGAACCGCGUGGAGGUCGAUGAUACAAUUCAUGAGGAUUCUUUGUCGGGUUAAGGUUGGAGCCAGACGUUGAGUGGGCCUACCGAGGGUCAUGGGUUGUAGGUGAACAAGAGAGGUUAUGUCGUGAACGAAGGCACAUUGGCGGCUUGGAUCUGGUCGUUUACGAGUAUGCAUUCAUAUGGGUUGUUGGUGGGUGAGUGUUUGUU